AUGGACCGGACACACCGAUGCCAAGCGGCUGGGUCGCGCCAGCGAAUGGCCUCGAACUGCUGUCAGCAGUCAAUCAAUGGCAAUCAAGAGAGCUCCGGUCCAGAUAGACCGAGAGCUAUCAGUAUGGCGAUCACGCUUGAUAGUAGUGUGGGAAAUCAUAGCACCAACCAACGACGCAAGCAAUGUGACCGUCGCACAACACGCGGCGUCUCUGAAGACUCUACCUACCUACUCGAACAGGUCUGA